AUGGCGAUGGACGGGAUGUCCACGUCCGCAGCGGGAUCAGCAUACCAUCAUGUUUCUGACUAUUAUCCGCGGAAACUUGGCCCGAAGCCGGACGUGGUGCCUUGUGGUGUAACCGAGAGGAAAACCGGCCCAGCAGAUAAACCUGACAUGGUCGCUGUGGAUGUUAUCCAUUUUAAAGAUUCUGAUACACCAGUUCACUGGAAGAAACAGGAAACAGACACAUAUGUUUUGGGUACAAUUCAUCCGUUCCGUAAAACACAGAAGUCCAUCUUGGGAAAGUUCAUCCAGGAGUUUAACCUGGUUGCUUCAGAUAGGCGGUCAUGGAAGGUCUUGCUCUUUGGAAUAUUAAAUGUGAUGUGCACAGCCUGCUUGUUGAUGUGGUGCAGCUCAACAAACAGUAUGGCUUUAACUGCGUACACAUACCUCACCAUAUUUGAUCUCUUCAGUUUGAUCACGUGCCUCAUCAGCUCCUGGGUGACCAUGAAGAAACCAAGUCAAGCUUUUUCGUUUGGAUUCGAGCGUUUUGAGGUGCUAGCGGUGUUUGCCUCCACAGUGCUGAUUCAGCUGGGCGCGUUGUUCAUUCUGAAAGAAAGUGUUGAACGCUUCAUGGAGCAGCCGGAGGUGCACACGGGGCGCCUGUUAGUUGGAACCCUCGUGGCUUUGUUUUUUAACCUUCUGACUCUGCUGUCAGUGAAGAACAAGCCCUUCGUCUACGUUUCUGAAGCUGCCAGCACCAGUUGGCUCCAGGAGCACGUGGCCGACCUAAGUCGAAGCCUGUGUGGAAUCAUCCCAGCACUGAGCAGUGUGCUUUUACCUCGAAUGAAUCCUUUUGUCCUGCUCAACCUGGCUGGAGCCUUUGCACUCGGGAUCACAUACAUGGUCAUUGAGAUUAACAACUACAACGCUGUCGACACUGCAUCUGCGGUAGCGAUUGCUCUGAUGACCUUUGGCACCAUGUAUCCCAUGAGUGUGUACAGUGGAAAAGUCCUUCUCCAGACCACCCCUUCUCAUGUUAUUGGACAGCUUGACAAACUGCUUCGAGAGGUCUCUACACUGGAUGGUGUGUUGGAAGUCCGGAAUGAACAUUUCUGGACUGUGGGUUUUGGCUGUCUGGCCGGCUCAGUUCACGUGCGCAUCCGACGAGAUGCCAACGAACAGAUGGUUCUGGCUCACGUCAUGAACCGCCUCCACACGCUCGUCUCCACACUCACCGUCCAGAUCUUCAAGGACGAUUGGGCUCGUCCGUCCCUGACCACUGGAACGCUCAACCUCUCCGAUAUGGCCAUCUCAUCUGUAAAACAACCUGACGAGCCAGAGCCGCUCACUUCAACCCCAUCCAAACCGAGCAGCCCGCCACCCGAAUUCUCCUUUAACACGCCCGGCAGACACGUGCGCCCCGUCGUGCUCCCCAACGUACAUCAGCAACGUCCUUAUGGCUUCGGACUUGCUUAUGGAUCCUCUGCUUAUGCUGCGAUGCUCAAUCAGGGCUUUGCGCAGCCAGCAGGUGGCCUGGGUGUUGGCAUGGGAUUGGGGACGGGACCGAGAAUCCCUUCAGUUCAAGGGUACAGGACUUCAUUUAGUGCAGCUCCAAACAGAUACAGCAGCAGUCUGCUACCCACACAGACUAAUUUCUACAAGCCCUGAUUUCUGCCACUGUCCUUAAUAGACAAGCUGUCUUAUAGAGGGUGAGGACGAUACAAUGACUGUUUAUUUAUUGAAUAGGACCAAGAGGCUUCUCUUUAAUCCAUUUUGUAAAAGUGAUAUCUUUUUAUUUAUCUAUUACAGAGAUGGUAGACAAGAUGGCGAGGGGAAUAGUUAUAAAUCAACAGGGUUUUUAAUGCAUUUUUCCUCUUGUUUUUGCCUCCCCGAUCUAGUCGUAUCCAACUGCCUGAUCAUAUUUCAUCUCUACUGCUGCAGACCUCCACUCCCGACCGAUGGGGACUGUAACUAACACAUGCCACUCCGACAUAUCAGCUGUAGGUUCAUUUCACCUGCACAAGGCUGAUUCAUAUGGGGAUCCGUAUCGCGCAUGGAGAGUCAUGCACUGAUCUCCAUUAUCCCCCAUCUCAUUCUGAAGGCGCCAUCGAUCAGCCUGCGGAGGUUGUAGCUGCAGCAGUUAUGUGGGCUAGCGUGCUUUACCACUGUGCCACCCGAGUAAUCUAAAAACAUAUUUUGUAUAUAAGACUCGAGUUGGAUGAGUCGCUUUAACACAAUACAGUAGUGGAAACUAACUACACCGUAUGCCCUUACCGACGCGGCCCUCUUAGUUAUCCAAGCUUGGGACCAGCACUAAAUGUGCACUGAUGUGUCUCUCCCAGUGGAUUGGAUCAUGCAACACCCUGAACCUUCUGUAUUUGGAAGCCGGGAUACCAGCAGUGUGGAGCUUACCAUUUACGCCAGUUAUAACCCGGAAACCAACCCUAGUCCAGAGACUCUCAUUCUCGGGGUUGGGAUCACACAUAGGGUCACCUGAGAUGCAAAUACUGUUCAUGUAAAGCAAUAGGAAAAUUAAUCUGCCAGAAAUAAAAAUCAUACAAUAUAAUUCCAAAAUAAAUGUUAACAAUUUUAGUCUAGACCUUUCAAUCAGCUCCUAUUCUAAUCACGGCAGUAUUAGCAUAGUAAAUGCAUAGUAAUUAUUUUCUUGGUAGCUGCUGAUGAGCAUGUUUUUGGUUAUAAGGAAUCUCUUUUGCUAUAUCCUCAUCAGCGCACUGAAGAAUAAAAAGUCCAUGACAUGUUAAA